AUGAUGAGAGUACAACCAGAACGUGAGGAAGUGAAGCUUUCCUCCUCACCUCCUGACAAGCCCAAGCUGAUGGAAGGGGGUAACUAUAUCCGCGAGGGUCGCGACUCCAGCAAGUCCACGUGGCUGCUGUUCUCCCCCGCGACUCCUGAUGAAGCCGGCGCACUCGCCAAGUUCCUCAGCGUAUUCUCCUCGCAUGGAGUCAAUCUGAUGCACAUCGAGUCGCGGUCCUCCGCCAGGCGGCCGGGGUACGAGUUCAUGGUGGAGUGCGAGCACGGGGCUGGAGACUUCGGGGCAGCACUCGACGAGCUCAAGAAUAACGUUGGCUACUUGAACAUCAUCUCUAGAAACUAUAAAGAUAACAGAUACGCGGUGCCAUGGUUCCCUCGCCGUAUCCGUGACUUGGACAGAUUUGCCAACCAGAUCCUGUCUUACGGCGCGGAGUUAGACUCCGACCAUCCUGGCUUCACCGACCCGGAGUACAGAGCUCGGCGCAAGUACUUCGCGGACAUCGCAUACAACUACAAGUACGGGCAGCCGCUGCCGCACGUCGACUACACCGAGCAGGAGAUCGCCACCUGGGGCGCCGUGUUCAGAAAGCUCACUGAGCUGUACCCCACACACGCAUGCAAGGAGCACAACCACGUUUUCCCGCUGCUCAUUGAGAACUGCGGCUACAGGGAGAACAAUAUCCCACAGCUGGAGGACGUAUCCAACUUCCUCAAAGACUGCACAGGCUUCACCCUACGGCCGGUGGCCGGGCUCCUCUCCUCGCGCGACUUCCUGGCGGGGCUAGCGUUCCGCGUGUUCCACAGCACGCAAUAUAUCAGACACCACUCGCGCCCCCUGUACACCCCGGAGCCCGACGUGUGUCACGAGCUGCUGGGCCACGCUCCUCUGUUCGCAGACCCGGCCUUCGCACAGUUUUCACAGGAGAUUGGUCUCGCCUCACUCGGAGCGCCUGAUGAUUAUAUUGAGAAACUUGCCACCUGCUUUUGGUUCACGGUGGAGUUCGGUCUGUGCCGGCAAGAGGGUAAGUUGAAGGCGUUCGGUGCUGGCUUACUGUCAUCAUUCGGAGAGCUGCAGUACUGCCUUUCCGACCAGCCAGAGCUCCGGGAGUUCGACCCUGACACCACUGGCGACACCAAGUACCCUAUAACGGAAUACCAGCCGGUCUACUUUGUGGCGAACAGCUUCGAGGAUGCUAAGGAGAGAAUGAUAAAAUUCGCUCAAAAGAUUCCCCGCGACUUCGGUGUCCGCUACAACCCUUACACGCAGAGCGUGGACAUCCUGGACUCGCCGCGACAGAUGAAGGACCUGCUGCGGGAGGUGCACCAGGAGAUGAAUCUGCUCCUCAACGCCAUGGACAAGCUAUAG